AUGAACUCCCCUGCUUCCCGGAUCCCCUCGAACACCAGCUCUCCAAACCCGAACCUGCAAAGGCCAUCAAGCCGAAGGGAAACUACAGAGCAAGCUCUCAAUAGUCAAAAUGCACCCAUUCCGGAUGACGAGCAUGGGGCAGACUUGCCACUGACCAUGUCUGCAUCGGUAGUCCUAACCAGCCUACCACGGGAUGCCCACCAAGCUCUAGCGGAUGCCGAAGCUAUUGAUACAGGCAAAGUCACCGUCCGAUUUCAACCCCUGGCUUCUGCCCCCAUUCUCAAGAAUCGGGUGUUCAAGAUUAGUGCCUCGCAGAAAUUCGAGACCGUCGUCAACUUUCUCAGAAAAAAGCUUAAUUGCAAGGACGCGGACUCGGUCAUUUGCUACGUGAACAGUGUUUUCGCCCCUGGCCUCGACGAAGGUGUAGGGGGGUUAUGGAGGUGCUUCAAGACUGAUGAUCAACUGAUUGUCGCUUACUCUAUGACGCCCGCCUUCGGUUGA